AUUUAAUUGUUUAAUCAUAAGUAGCUAAAUUUAUAUUUGCAUAAUUAUUUUGUAUUUAUUUUAGUUAAACGUGCAGUCACUCACAUAGUAAUUCGUUCAUCUAUUUAAUUAACAUUGCAAAUAGUAAGCAAGUAAUCUAUCAGAUAAAUGUAAGGGUAGUGUUGAUAAACGUACAGUCCAGUACAGUAUUCGAACAUUUCCACAGAUAGCUGUAUUGACAGUUUUGAUUGUAAGGCAUUGAAAGAAGUGAUAUAUUAGCUAGAAUAACGAUUAAUUGUGACAUUAAACUUCGAACUUAUCGUCCUCACGCACGUUGAAAUAUUGAAAGUGUAAGUUUUAGUGUCUACAGAUUGAGAAAUCAUUAGUAAUCGUAUGGAAGGAAAUAACAAUUCGAAAGUACGUCAUGUUAAACUGUGUCUGAUCGGAAAUGCCGGUGUAGGUAAAACAUGUAUCGCUGCCAGAUUACUCUAUAAUACGUAUAAUUCAUUUACGCAGCCUUCUAUAGGUGUUGCAUAUGGUACUAAAGAUAUUCGGAUUGAAGGAGUUUCAUAUAAAAUUCAUGUCUGGGAUACGGCUGGAGAAGAACGGUAUUAUUCAAUGAUACCUCUAUAUUAUCGGAAUACAAAUGCUGUUAUAGUUGUUUACGAUAUAACCAAUCCGAAUUCAUUCGCAUCAAUAAAAAAUUGGAUAAAAGAAGUCAAACUUUAUACUAGUUCCGACCUUAUUGUGGCGAUAGCAGGUAACAAAUGUGACUUAGCAGAAAGUCGAAGAGUGAAUGCAAAACUUGCAAAAAAUUAUGCGGAUGAUAUAGGAGCAUUUUACUUCGAAACAAGUGCGCGAGCAAAUAUAAAUAUACAAGAUACGUUUUUCAGAAUUGCUCAAGCGCUUCAUCGAAAGAUAGCCAAUCGCUACUGCGAAAUUGAAAAACUAGAAAAAGAAAGAAACCAUCAAAAGUGCUGUUGAAAUUUUAUUUUUAAAAUGCAAUUAGUAUUUUUAACUUGUAUAUAAAAAAAAAAAAAAAAAAAAAGCUUAAAAACAUCCAUGAAAUCACUGAAUUCUAUGUAUCAUAUUAAUAACAGACAGUCUUGGGGCAUGAACACGUUAACUUAUUUUUAAAUUUCUUAAAUGUCUGAAUUUACUCUGUAUAUCGUAUAGGUCACAGGUGAUUAAUUAUAUUAGUGGCUAUUUAGCCCAGUCAAUAUGGAUCUAAUCAUAUCUGCCUUGUGUCUGUAGAAAUUCAACAAAGAAAUUAAGUUGCCAUGUCCUUGUCCCAAGGUGUUUGCUUUCUUCACAUUUUCAUAAAAUUGUAUGAUUUUUUUAUACGAAAUAAAG